CGGGGGCGGGCGGGCUGGAGGGCCCGGCGGAGGGAGGCGGCGGCCGCGGCGGCGAGAGCCCAGAGCCAGAGCCCGGCCGGGGCCGAGCGGAGCGGAGCGCGGCAGCAGCGGCGGCGGCUGGGCCGGGAGAGGCUGGCACGCCGGGCGGCUCCGCGAAUCCUCCGGCAUCCGGCCCGGCGGGCCGCCCCCGCUCACGGCAGCCCCCGGAGCAGCGGCCGGGCACCGGCGCCUUCCCAGCGGGUGAGAGCGAAUCAUGGAGCUCCGUGUGGGGAAUAAGUACCGCCUGGGCCGGAAGAUCGGGAGCGGGUCCUUUGGAGACAUCUACCUGGGUGCCAACAUCGCUUCUGGCGAAGAAGUUGCCAUCAAGCUCGAAUGUGUGAAGACGAAGCACCCCCAGCUGCACAUCGAGAGCAAGUUCUACAAGAUGAUGCAGGGAGGAGUGGGAAUCCCGUCCAUCAAGUGGUGCGGGGCCGAGGGUGACUACAACGUGAUGGUCAUGGAGCUGCUGGGGCCCAGCCUCGAGGACCUGUUCAACUUCUGCUCCCGCAAGUUCAGCCUCAAGACGGUGCUGCUGCUGGCUGACCAGAUGAUCAGCCGCAUUGAGUACAUCCACUCCAAGAACUUCAUUCACCGGGACGUGAAGCCCGACAACUUCCUCAUGGGGCUGGGGAAGAAGGGCAACCUGGUGUACAUCAUCGACUUCGGCCUGGCCAAGAAGUACCGGGACGCCCGCACGCACCAGCACAUCCCCUACCGGGAAAACAAGAACCUGACCGGCACGGCCCGCUACGCCUCCAUCAACACCCACCUGGGCAUCGAACAAAGCCGGCGAGAUGACCUGGAGAGCCUGGGCUAUGUGCUCAUGUACUUCAACUUGGGCUCCCUGCCCUGGCAGGGCCUCAAAGCGGCCACCAAACGCCAGAAGUACGAGCGGAUCAGCGAGAAGAAGAUGUCGACGCCCAUCGAGGUCCUCUGCAAAGGCUACCCCUCCGAGUUCUCCACAUACCUCAACUUCUGCCGCUCGCUGCGCUUCGACGACAAGCCCGACUACUCGUACCUGCGCCAGCUCUUCCGCAACCUCUUCCACCGGCAGGGCUUCUCCUAUGACUACGUCUUCGACUGGAACAUGCUCAAAUUCAUGCGGCCCCCCUCGCGCCAGCCCCCCGCCCUUCCCCGUGGACGACCCCAGGACCAGCUAGGGCGCAGCGCGCAACCCCGAGGACGUGGACCGGGAGCGGCGAGAGCACGAGCGCGAGGAGCGGAUGGGGCAGCUCCGGGGGUCUGCGCCCCGGGCCCUGCCCCCGGGCCCACCCUCGGGAGCCCCCGCCAACCGGCUCCGCAGUGCUGCCGAGCCUGUGGCCUCUACCCCUGCCUCCCGCAUCCAGCAAGCUGGCAAUACGUCUCCCAGAGCGAUCUCCCGGGUGGACAGAGAGAGGAAGGUGAGCAUGAGGCUGCACAGGGGCGCCCCUGCCAACGUCUCGUCCUCCGACCUCACUGGGCGGCAAGAGGUCUCCCGGAUUUCAGCCUCACAGACAAGCGUGCCAUUUGACCAUCUCGGGAAGUGAGGAGGAGCCGCCGUCGGACCAGUGUUCGCUUAGACGAGAUGCCCUCUGCACCCAGGAUUCUCGUCCCUCGCAUUACCCGCUGCCUUCAGACCGCCAGAGGCUCCCCAGACGCCGGGCGACCGUGCCAGAUGCCGAGGGGGGCCCCGCCCCAGCCGGCCAGCUGGGGAGGACGCUGACGGCUGGGCCGGGCGGGGCACAGCGCGGCCCUGAGGUCCCUCCCAGCCGGCAGGAGCCCGGGAGCGGCGUGACCCUAGGGUCGGUUGGGCCCAGGUCCCACCUGGCGUUUUGUUCUGGAGCUUCGGAACCACAGGAGAUGAGCACAGCCCCCGCCCCCUGAGGUGGUGGGGGCUUUCUGUGUGGGCUUUUUCCAGUGUCCCCCUGAGUGUUUGGGUCUUUCUUUGCCUGUGCACAGGGACUUCAGUGGUGGGGGCCAAGACCCCUUACAUGCGUGUGUGUGUACGACGUGACCUGUAUCUCCCGGGCCAGCGGGGGCCCGCCCCACCUGCCAGGCCAGGUCUCUGUUCUCGUCCCCCGAACAAGGACACGGGACGCACAGCAACCUCUGUGUCCCCCAGGAAGGGCACCGGAGUGUCCUUGCCGCCACCACCAGCCCCUUCCGCCUGUCGUCACCCUGUGGCAGCCCUGUCCCCCUCUGCUGGAGACUCCUUCCAGAAAGCAUCUAUCUGGCUCCUGGGUUACAAAUGAAUUAAUUCCCUGGUUCCGACCCUCCCCGGGGGCCACCGCCGGUCCUGCACCUGCCUCUCCGAGGAGCAGCCCGGGGAGAGGCCGGGCCUGGGGCCUGCCCGCCCCUCCCAGUUAACGCCCCUUCUCGUUUGUGUUUGUUUUCCCCGUGUGUGUAUUUCCUAAUUUAUUUACCUCCGUCUCCCCUUUUUUCUUGUUCUUUUUUUUUUAAUUAAAGAGCAAAGCUUUUUAUAACUUUGUAAUUUAAAAAAACUGAAAAAAAAUACUGAAGAACUUUGGGGGGAAUUUUGUACUUUUUUCCUGUGUAAAUAUUGGACUUUUUUGAGCUUUAUCGUGGUUGUUAAUUUGAAGUAAUAAAGUAGAAAAGCAUCAAGUGA